UUGCCCACGUGGUGAACUCCGUGGAGCUUGAGCCUGCAGCUAGUGUCCCUGAGGUCUGGAUUCUUUCUUCCUUACGGAGAGGCGGCAGACUGAAAUAUGAGUUGGCGAGGAAGACGUUAUAGACCAAGACGAUGUUUACGACUUGCUCAGCUGAUUGGGCCUAUGCUUGAGCCCAGUAUGCCAGAACCUCAACAAGAAGAAUCACCAGCUGAAAGUCGGGAUCGUACACCUGGUCAGAAGACAGAAGAAGAUCAGGGUGCAGCUGAGAUUCAAGUUCCUGACCUGGAAGCUGAUCUCCAGGAGUUGUCUCAGUCAAAGACUGGGGAUGAAUGCAGAGAUGGUCCUGGUGUCCUGGGGAAGAUUCUGCCAAAAUCAGAGCAAUUUAAAAUGCCAGAAGGAGGUGAAGGACAACCACAGGUUUAAAUGAAGACAAGCUGAAAAAAUACAAACUGAAUUUUUCUAAGAUAUUUGAUUUUUAAAAAUAUCAAUAAAGUUUUCCUGUUUUCUCCAAA